AUGGAGGCUCAAAUUCAUCAACUUGAGCAAGACGCGUACUCUGCCGUCUUGCGUGCUUUUAAAGCUCAGUCAGAUGCUCUUACUUGGGAGAAAGAGGGUUUGAUAACUGAGCUAAGAAAAGAGUUAAGGGUUUCAGAUGAUGAACACCGAGAGCUUCUUACCAGGGUUAAUUCCGAUGAAAUAAUCCACCGCAUAAGGGACUGGAGACAAACUGGCAUUUACCAACCUCCAAGACGCAGCACAUCACAGCCUGUUCAUGAUAUUUUACCCAGUCCAACUGUUUCAGCCUCCCGCAAAAAACAGAAGACGUCUCAUUCGGGUCAGUCAUUGCCUGGUUUGUCUACCGUAAAGUCUGGACCGUACGCUUCCACUGGACCUGCUGGGGCUAGGCAUUUUGCAAAUCGCAAUUCUUCUAGUAAUCUGAUAUCUAACGCGCCUGGUGAAGGAGCAUCAUUUGAUCCGUUGAUUGGGAAGAAAGUUUGGACUAGAUGGCCUGAAGACAACCACUUUUAUGAAGCCGUUAUAACCGAUUACAACCCUACCGAGGGUCGGCAUGCUUUGGUUUAUGAUAUUAAUAAAGCAAAUGAAACUUGGGAAUGGGUUGAUCUCAAAGAGAUAUCACCUGAGGAUAUAAGAUGGGAAGGUGAAGAUCCGGGCAUACUCCACAGAAGUGGACAUAGCAGUCAAGGUCGUGGAGCAAAGAAAUUCUUCAGCCAUGGUGGUAAUGAUACUUUAGGUGCUGGAAGAGGAAGAGGACAUCCAAGAUAUCAACCCAGAAAAGAACUCAUCGCCCCACAAAAUGGUAUUGGAAAUAGAGUUUCUGAUGAGAUUGAGUUGCUGAACACAGACGCACUGGUUAAGGAGGUGGAAAGGGUUUUCGCAACAAGUCUUCCAGAUUCCACAGAACUUGAGAAAGCAAAGCAAAUGCUGAAAGAGCAUGAGCAGGCUCUUGUCGAGGCCAUUUCAAGGAUUGCAGAUGCAUCAGAUGGUGAAAGUGAUGAAGAGCAACCAUACUUAUAG